UUGUCAACUGUCAUAAGAAUAUUUUUUUUCGCAUUUUUAAUUUCUUUUAAAAGCUAAUUUUGCUUGAUUUAAACAUUGUUAUUGAAAUUAUCCGUGGUACCUCAAACAAUGCCUAAAAAUAGACGCCGAAGUUCGGAACAGACUGAGGAAACAGAAUCGCUGAAAUCUGAAAAAUCAUCCAAAACCAGCCUUAAUGCUGACCAAAAUGUGAGAAUCAAGAAGGGACCUGGUGAGGUUGCCACUGAUACAGAAAUAUUAUUCUUACUCGUGCCCCUUCAAAAACCCCCCAUAAAGAAGGUAGGGUCACGUGUUCGACGCAAUAUGGAAAGGGUAGAGAUGCUAGCGCGCCCAACGGCUCGUCGCCUCCGAAGCUUGUGGGACGACAAAUGCGGAGUGCUACCCAAGGACCGCAGGGAUAAGAUCAAAAGUGCUCUGGAAGAAGACUAUUUCCUUAGUCCUGAACAAACAGAGCUGUACUUCCAAGCUUUGAGCGAGUCAUCCCAGCGCUGGGUGGGUCCGGGCGGUAUGGUUAGUCGCAAGGAACAGGUCGAGCGAGCGCGGGAGCUCCGGCAAAGGCAGAAGUGGCUGGUCAACUUCAGUGCUCAAGUGGCCUAUCGUCUCUGCGACUAUAUCGCCAAGGGACAAAAGGAGAUGCUCGUGUCCAACCGAUUGAGGAGUAUUGCUGAUGUAGUUUUGGAGAGAGUCGCGGAAAUAUUAGGAGAGCCUAAACCCUCCCGCACUCACCCUGGCCGCCUAGCCCGCUUUAUGGUGGCUAUUUCUGACCGCAUUGCUGUAUGGAUAGAGAACGCAGUGUACCGUGCCGACGCUUUGGAGCCCCGCGAGUCCAGCGCCGAUGACCACGUGUUCUUCUUCCUGUGCUGCGUCGCCAUGGCGGCUGCCGCCCCGCAGUUCGUCGCGACAUGGCCCGGCUUCGUGGCACCCGCUAUCGGUUCUAGGACCGUCGUGGCUGGACCAACUGUCGUGAACGGAUUCGACGGCUUGAGCCGCUUUGUAGCCCCCGGAUACGUCGGCGUAUACUAGCGCAGCCCCCUGUCACCACCUGUCCGGAUAAAAUAAACGAAGUACCUACUAUUUUAAUUGGCACGUCUAAAUUGUUAUGUACAUAACUGAAUAAACACACGCUCAAA